AUGUCGACGUGUGGAGAACUCGUGGAUGCUCUCCUCUCGUCAGCUGACCUCUUCUCAUGGCUUCAUACGCCUUUGACAACGUCAACUGAAGACAAGCCGAGUCCUGUGCCUGAAGACUGGCGGCAUUCGUUUGUCCUCACCGAAGUCGUUGGUGACAUCACUCGCUAUCUCCCGCCGCACUCGCUCCUCGCUCCCAUCAUUGCUCGAUGGCCUGCUCUCAUUGGUGCGCCCUCGCUCCGUCUCAACGUCCUCCAUUUUAACGCCGUCCGUGCUGCCGCCGCUGAUCAUCCUGCUGUCCUCGCUCUCCUCACCGCAGAUGCUGCAGAGCAGAUCAGAGCUGGCAUCCUCCAUCUCGACGUGCCUACCGCUGCCAAGCUCGCUGGUCUGGUCCUCGCCGUCACCUGGGGCGGCGCGGCGUCCAAGGCCCAGCUCCGCGCUCUUGAUGCUGGCCGGCUUUCGGAUGUACUGCCGCGCUCGAUGGUGAGCGUGCACAUGCCGGGCGUGUGGCGGGCGCUGCUUCUGGACGAGGCCUCCAAGUGGGACGGCCUCGACACUGUCGGCGUUGCCCAAGUCCUGCUCUCCGAGAUGGCCCUUGUUCCGGGCGCAAACACGCUCUGGCUUGCGCCGUGCUCGUGUCUGCAGGUUGCUGACAGCCAGGUUCGCAUCGGGGUGGCAGAGGAGGGCGUGCGCGUGCUGAACGUGCCGUCCGGCUCGCUGCUCCUCGCCUUUGCCCACUCGAAGAUCAAGCGCUGGGCCGUCGGUCAGGGCUCGCUCGCUCUCGAGAUCCACCACCUCUCGGACGUCUACCAGUUUGUAAUCCACACUCCGCAAGCAUCACUCCUUGAUGCUGCCCUUCUCAUGUGUGUCCGCGAGGGCCUUCACAAGCGCUCGCUCCAUGCCGCCCGCACCAUGGCCAUGGCCAAGCGCUCGUCGGACCCGUCCGCCACCCUCUUUACCUCGCCUGGCCCCGGUGGCGAUGGUACUCGCCCGGGCCCACCUGUCCUUCCAGCUGCGCCAUCGCCGCCGCCUUCGCUUCCCUCGGCCCCCUCGUCGCGUCCCUCGUCGCGCCCAUCGUCGCCUCGCACCCGCAAAAGGGUCGUCAAGAAAAAGCGCACUUCGGCCCGCUCGCGCACCCCGCCAGCUCGCGGCCGUGGCCGUGGCCGUGGCCGUGGCCGCGGCCGCGGCAAGGCACGUGGCCGUUCCCGAACCCGAGGAACCGCCCGCACCCGUGGCUCCGCCCGCGGCACCACCCGCCGAGUCGUCAAGCGCCGCCCGGCAUCGUCGCGCCCGACAUCGUCGGCCUCCGCCUCUCGCCCAGCCUCGCCGACUGGACGCCCCAAGUCCGCCACCGCCAAGUCCCGCCCAACUCGGCUCGUCACCAAGCGCAAGGUCGUGGCCAAGCGCGGGACGCGCGGCAAGACCAAGGCCUCUCGUGCCAGAUCGCGAUCGGCGUCGCCAGCAGUAGCGGGCGAGACCAAGACCAAGACCAAGACCAAGACCAAGACCAAGACGAAGCGCGUCGUUGUCCGCAAGAAGCGGGUCCGCAAGCGAGGCUAGUUCGCCAUCUCGGUUGCAGUUCACUCGUGUGUUUACACCAGCCAGUACUCGUGCCAGAGGGCAACCUUGAGCCCGGGAUUCCGCGCCAGGUAGUCGGACAUGGCCGCGGCCGAGAUGCGAAAGUAGACGGCAUCGGACUCGCUCGAGUUGACGAGCCCGGUAGUGUGGACGGCGGCCGAGACGUUGCCGGUGUGGGCGGCCUCGAGGGCCGACAGUUCGCAGAGGAAGGCCGAGCGGGUAAAGGUGCGGGUCGA